AUGUCAGAGUUCAAAGGAUUCACAUUUGAGAAGCCCAUCAAGCAUGACAGUGAAUCCCAAGAUCCACAUCUGACAAACUUGUCUUUGAAAUUCAAUCGCAUCUCGACAGACGACAAUGGUAGUCGACUUGAUUCAUUCAAGAACUUUCGCUCUCCUAUUGCAAGUCGCUCCCGGUCAGAAGCGCAAGAAAAGCGACGACUGGAAGCACUGGAGUUACAGAAACAACAAAGACAGACAUCCAUCAACAAAGCUCGACAGAUUGCAUUAAAUACUGCUGAAGAAGAUGAAUCAACAUCUGAUGAAGAGGAGGAAGAAGAAGAGGAGGAGCAAGUGGAAGUGCAGGAAACAGUGGUCGCUCAUGCUAAGCGUUUGAGAGAUUCAGACGAUGAAAUGGAAGAAGUCAGUAAAUACGUCAAAACUAUGCCAAAGAGGAAGAGCAAGAACAAGCAUAAAAAGAAAAAGAACCUUCAUGCGAAUCAAAUCAUGUACUCGGAAACAAUGGAGUCUGUGCCUCGAGAUUUGUUGACAGACUGGGUAUUGAUGAUCUGUCCAAAGGGCAAGCGAUGCAUGGUAACGUCAGGCAGUGGAGAGACGAUUGCACGGUCCAGAGCUGGCAACAUUUUGGCCCGUUUUCAGUCGCGAUUGCCCAACGGAUCAAGAACAAACCGUACAUCUGAUUUCUGUAUUCUGGACUGUGUCUAUGAUGCAGUGCAUUGGACAUUUUACGUACUGGAUAUCAUGUGCUGGCGAGGAUACCCCAUUUUUGAUUGUGAUACAAAUUUCAGACAUUUUUGGCUCCAAACCAAACUAGAACCGAAUGAAUUAGAUAGAUCUGAUGGACACAAUCAGUUUUACAAAUUUAUACCUCUAAAACCAGUAUUGACAACCAAUACACAGCAAGUCGUUGAAGAUCCUGAGCAAUACGUGAAAAGCCAAGGCUUCUCGUAUGACAUUGAUGGUCUUUUGUUUUAUCACAGACAAGCACAUUAUCGAGGUGGGAGUACGCCUUUGGUCUGUUGGGUGCCUCGUGAUGAAAUACAGAAUAUGCUGAAAUAA